GCGAUUGUAGCGGGAGAGUACAGAUUGUCAUGCCAAAAUCUGUUGUUUACAUGGCGAAGAACAUAAAAAACCUUGCUUCCACAAUUUUAAAGGAAAAUAUGGAGUGAGACAAGAUAUGUACUUCUUUCGUAAAGCACGUUAAAUGUUGAUGGUACCUUUGUUACCAAAGGUCGAGUUGAUAGCACAGCAAAGCCACAGUGGCUAUCCGGUACAGCAUUAUAGUACAUAUUUUGCCAGAUAUCAACAGGUGAAUUCACUUACUAGCUAACGUUAGCUAAGUAACUUGAAAGGACUCCCUGACAUAUUGCUACAAUGACGUCGAGAGUGUGGCAACACCCCUAUGUCAACAUCUUCAAACACAUGAGAGUUGAGGAAUGGAAGAAGACCUCAAGAGAGGGAGAUGUGACCACCUAUAUGGACAAAACACUGAUGUGUUCAGUGUUUCGGAUCCGGGGGUCCAUUCCAGCCAGCAAUUACAUCCUUCUGCCCAAGACCAGCACUCAGUCCCUGGGGCUGACAGGACGCUACCUCUACCUGCUCUUCAGACCCAGUCCUGCCAAACACUUUGUAGUGCAUAUGGACAUCGCUGCUGAGGAGGGCCAGGUGAUCCGUGUUUCCUUCUCCAACCUGUUUAAGGAGUUCAAGUCCACGGCCACCUGGCUGCAGUUCCCCUUCCUGUGUGGAGCGGCCAAGGGCUCGGUGUACGAGAGCACUGCAAAAACAGCCAGACACGGACUGGUGGGUCCCGCCCCCUCUACGGUGCGUUGGACCUGUCUGAUGAUGGACCUGCAGUACAUUCUUUCUGUCUACCUCAACCGCCGCCACAGCCACCUGAAGACAGUCAAACUGUGUGCCAACAUGUCAGUGAAAAACAUGUUCACCAGUGACCUGGUGCUAGACCCUGGAGUGUCCUUCAAUGAGGCAAAGCAGGCCGGGUUGGCAUCAUAUCUGGGCACAGGCCCCAUGCCUAGGGAGAUGUCCUUCCCUGUGCCCAAGGGAGGCAGCUGGCAUGACCUCUAUGACUACAUCAGGUUUCCAUCAGAUGGAGCCAAGAUGCCCUUUGACUCCAUUCAGAAAGGCUAUCUCAGCGCUGUAUCUACAUGUUCCCCAGCAGAGAGAAGUCCCAUGAGAGAGAUGUCUCGCAGUGUGAACAUCAGCAAACCAGUGCAAGACAGAGUGUCACUCAUCCAGCAGAUCACCACCCCCAAACUACACCCAAGGCAUCACACCACUCUGGAGACAUCCAGUAUUGCUGAGCUGGGAGUGGUCACAGCUGGCCUGAACGGCCAAGACACAUCACAGGACGACUGGCAUUGCCCUAGCGACAACCUGGGAAAAGGUCAGGGGUCGAGGACCUCCAGGUCGCACCGCUCGGCUGUCAGGAUACCGUGCACGGACGAUGGGGGCGUGCACGUUUACGCCCACACCGAGGAUGACCUCAACACCCACAGAGACGACAGUGACGUAGAGGAGAUUGUUUGUACAGCAGUCUCAAGACCUGUCACUCUUCCCAUAGCCAAGGAAUCCCAACAGCGGAAGCUGCAUCCUGAUCCCAUCCUCAGGCUCAACAGAAUCAUUGGUUUUGGUGGAGCCACUAUGAAAUGUGCUCUAUGGACUAAGUCUGGGGAUACGGUGGUGUAUCCCUGUCACGCCAUCAUCGUCUCCAUGAAGAUCUCCUCCGGACAGCAGAGGUUCUUCAUCGGCCACACUGAUAAGGUGUCUGCUCUCACGUUCAAUGGGAACAGCACAGUGCUGGCCUCGGCCCAGACCGGCAUUCAGAGUGUGGUGCGGGUUUGGAACUACCUCAAGGCCAACUGCUUGGCCAUGUUCAAGACCCACGCUCACUCACUGUCCUCGUUGAGCUUCUCCUACAGCGGUGGGGUUCUAUGUGGAGUGGGGAAAGACGGCCACAGUAAAACAAUGGUGGUUGUGUGGAACACCCUGCGUGUCACUAAAGGAGGAGAGGUGUCUGUCCUGGCCAAAGCACAUACCGACGUGGACAUACAGACCAUGAAGAUUGCCUUCUUUGAUGACACACGGAUGGUGUCCUGUGGUCGGGAUAACGUUCGGUUGUGGCGUGUGCGGAGCGGGGCCCUGCGGUCUUGUCCGGUCAACCUGGGGGAGUACCACGCCCUGGACUUCACCGACGUGGCCUUUGAGGAGGGUCACUCUGCUGACCGCGAGCCUGAGGACCGCACGCUAUUUGCCAGUAGCCGCAGUGGCCACAUCCUGGAGAUAGACUACGGGAGCGUGGCGAUCAAGAACGUCAGGAGACUGCUGCCUGCCCAGCAGCCCCAAGCUCAUCGCCGUGAGAAACAGACUUUCGGCAUGGGUCUGGGCAUCGCUGUCAACAGCAUCAGCGUUUCAUCAGCGUUCUGCGCCACAGGCUCUGAGGACGGCUUCCUGCGGCUCUGGCCCCUAGACUUCUCCACCGUGUUCCUGGAGGCUGAACACGAGGGUCCUGUGAGCCUUGUGUCCGUGUCCGACGACGGCCUCAGCGUCAUGGCGGCCACCACCAGCGGUAACCUGGGCUACCUGGACGUGAGCAGCCGAGGCUACAGCACCCUGAUGAGGUCACACACGGACGGCGUGCUGGGCUUCAGCGUGGACGGUAUCCGUCGGCGCAUCACCACCGCCUCCUGCGACCGCACCGUGCGCGUCUGGGACAUGGACUCCAUGCAGCAGCUGUAUGACUUUGUUUCUGAAGACACGCCCUGCUCCGUGGCCUUCCACCCCAGCCUGCAAGUCUUCUCCUGUGGAUCCAGCUCCGGCCUUGUCAGGGUCUUUGACAUCGCCAGCGCCAAACUACUGGCAGAGCACAGGCAGCACAGAGGGGAGGUGGUGGGCCUGGCCUUUUCUCCAGAUGGCGAGUUCAUGUACAGCGCUGGCUCCCUGGGCUCACUGGCGCUCUACAACUCCUCUCAGGAAGACCAUCAUGUACUCCGAGUACUGGGUAAUGUGGUUGCUCGAGGCACUGAACGUGCUCCUGACGCCCUCACUGUAAGCAGUGACAGUCGCUGUCUGGCUUUCGUCGGGCCGUCUGAGUACACCGUCACCAUCAUGGCCGCCCGCUCCCUGGAUGAGCUGCUGCGUGUGGACGUGAGUAUCCUGGAUGUGGAGAGCACCACUCUAGACUCGGCCUUGAAGGUGUGCUUCUCCCCGGCCACCACCGGACACCUACUGGUCACCACCUCCGCCAACAAGAUCCUGUGGAUUAGCACGAACUCCGGACGACUGCUCAGAGAGAUGUCUAAGGUACACAAGCACCAGUGUUCCUCUCUAGCUGUGAGUGAGGAUGGACGUUUCUUACUGACAGCAGGACACAAUGCUGUGAAGGUGUGGGAUUACAACAUGCAGCUGCAUGUCAACUCGCAGAUGUUCAUAGGCCACAGCCAGCCUAUUCGCCAAGUGAACUUCGCCCCAGACCAGAUGGCUGUGGUCUCAGUAGGAGACGCCAUCUUCUUCUGGGACUUCCUGGCCCACCCUCAGGAGACUGGAACUGACAGACGUUCACCACCAAAGGCAGCCUCUGUUUCCCCUCCUAAACCAUCCCUUAAAGGUCAUUCAGAGUCAGAGGUCAACAGUAGGCUGCUAUCCAAUGGAAUGCCUCGACAGACAGCGCCCCUUCCCACUUCACCUCCGCCCUGUUUGGACAUCAGCUCCAUAAACAGGAUUGGACAAGCUCUGAGCCACCUGUCUCUGUGUGAGGAGGACAUUGACGAGGUUCUUCCCCGCGCUGCCCCCCUGGCAGGCCCCUCCCCUCGCCCUCCGUCUGGCUCCUUUCUCAAAGUCACUGAGAUGGCAGCAGGCGGAGAUUCAUCAACCCUGAAGUCUAGUCUGAAGAGAGCAGCGGACAAUGGUAAAUUAUUUAUUUAUAAAUUCAGUGGCAAAGAUAAUCAUCAUGCAUGUCAUACCAGUCAAAAGUUUGGACACCUACUCAUUCAAGGGGUUUUCUUUAUUUGUACUAUUUUCUACAUUGAAUACUUUCCGAAGCCAGACACAUACUUUCCGAAGACACUGUAUAUGUAUGUGUAUAUGUGUAUGUAUGUAUGUAUGUGUGUUGUAUGUUACUUUGUUGUAUGUUAUACAGAUUCUUUGAAGGUGGAGAAGCCAGUGCGUCCCGACUGCUACAAGCACUACCCACGUUUCAAAACCUCCACCCUCGACCAGAGUACUGCAUCUCCUGAACUGGGCGAAGAGGGCCUGAGUCUGAAGGCAGUGAUUGGUUACAAUGGCAAUGGGCGGGCCAACAUGGUGUGGAAUCCAGAAACAGGUCUGUUUGCGUACUCCUGUGGUUGUGUGGUGGUGGUGGAGAACCUACACACUGGCUCCCAGAGACACUGGCUGGGCCACACUGAGGAGAUCUCCUGUCUGGCUGUUACCAAUGACGCGCAGACUGUGGCCUCGGCGGCAGGGGGCAGCGGUGGCUCCAGGAGCCUCAUCUGCAUCUGGAACGUUCAGGAUGGAAUCUGCAGUAAUACCAUCUCCUACCACCGGGGGGCGGUGCAGGCCCUGUCCUUCUCCAGGGAUGAUUUCUUCUUCCUCACUGUGGGGGACUUCACCGACCCCGAGGUGGCGCUGUGGAGCACCAGGACCUACCAGCUGCUGUCCAGGGUCAGUGUGUCCGGCCCGCUCCACGACGUGGCCUUCAGCCCCUCUGCAGCCAGUCAGCUGGCCUGUGUGGGCAGCCAUGGACUCUACUUCUGCAACACCCACACACAGGGCCUGGACGUGGAGCUCAAGGUGCAGAGAGUGUGUGUGCCAGAGGAGGUGGGUGGCGUGGAGCUGACGGCUCUGUGCUACAACUCCAACUCCAUCCUCUUCACGGGCACCAACAGUGGACAUGUGUGUGCCUGGGACUGCAACACCCAGCGUUGCUUCAUGACCUGGGAGGCUGACCAAGGGGAGAUCGGAGUGCUGCUGUGUCGGGGGAACCGUCUGUUGACGGGCAGUAACACUCGGAGGCUGAGGCUGUGGGGCGUGGCAGCUGUACAGGGCAUGAGGCCUGGAGGAGAGACUCCUAACACAGAGGACAGAGGUGCUCUGGUGCUAUUGGAGCAGGAGAUGAUGCUGGACGGGACGGUGGUGAGCGCGGCCUUUGACGACGUCAUGGACAUGGGCAUCGUGGGCACCACGGCGGGUACCCUGUGGUACAUCAACUGGGUGGACAACACCAGCAUCCGCCUCAUCAGCGGGCACAAGAGCAAGGUAAAUGACGUGGUUUUCAGCCCAGACGAGAGCCACUUUGCCACAUGUGGGGAGGAUGGCAGUGUGAGGGUGUGGACGGCCCCCAACAACGAACUGGUGGUGCAGUUUCAGGUGCUCAACCAGAGCUGUGGUAGUGCGUGCUGGAGCCCGGUCAGUCCCUCUAAAGGGGGUGCCUGUGUGGUGGGGGGGUACAGCGACGGGACCCUAAGGAUCUUUCGCCUGGCCUCCUCAGAGAUGGAACUCAAGCUGCACCCGCACCUUGUGGCCAUCACCGCCAUCCAGUACUCUGCUAACGGUCAGGUGAUCCUCUCUGCUGGGAGGGACGGCCUGAUGGCUGUCAGCAGCCCAGUAACCGGGCUUACCGUCAGACUCAUCAGCGACCACAAGGGGGCACCCAUCACUACCAUCCAGUGUGUGAAGAAACAGUACAAAGAAUUUGGGCUUGAAGGAAAUGAGAUGUGGUUGGCUGCCAGUGCAGACAGACGGGUCAGCGUUUGGGCAGCUGAUUGGAUGAAGGACAAGUGUGAGCUCCUGGACUGGCUCACAUUUCCAGCCCCUGCCAAUCCUGAGGCGUCAGACAGCCUUCCUCCCAGCCUGGCUGCUUUCAGCCCCAUAGACCCUGGCCUGGUGGUGUACACAGGCUAUGGAGUGGAGAGAGAGCUGUCCUUCUACAGCCUGGCUAAGAAACGGGUCAUAAAGAAGAUUGCCCUGUCCCAUUGGGCCAUGUGCUUCAGCCUCUCCUCCAAGGGUCGCCUCAUAGCGGUGGGCUCAAAAGAGCGAGUGCUGAAGCUCAUCAAAUCAUCCAGUGGUAGGUUCCAGGACUUCCUCCACCACAGUGACUCAUUGCAGACCUGUCGAUUCUCCCCCUCAGGGAAACUCCUCUUUACCGUUGCCUACAAUGAGAUCCUGCUGUGGGAGGUGCGGGCCCUUUAGAACAAGAUAGACCACUAUACAUUAGUAGACUGUGAACUAUAUUAUUAAAGGACAAUCAGAGGGUGAUCUACUGUAUAGACCCAAGCUUUCACCAUUGGUCCUAGUUAGUAUGGAUUUCUAGAUUGACAUGAGGUGUUGGGUGGUGGUAAUGUAGGUUAAUUGAAACACUGCUCUCCUGUCUGCAUCAACCCUCGGUUGGGUGUAGAUUAAUAGUCCUCAAUACUCACGCACGCAAGUGCCUCAAUUUAACUGACAAAGCUUACUGAAUAAUUUAUCAAUUGUUUACUUUAGUCAUUUUAAUUCUGAGGUUUUUAUCAGUCCUGUAAAUUACUUUUUAUAUUUGAAGAAAAUGUUUCAUUUUUUAUUUAUAUGAGAGCCUCCUUUGUCUGUUCAGUGGUUUUACACUUCAUGGGAGUGAUUUUUGUUUUGCAUGUUAUGUUCUUAAAAUUAUAAUGCGCUAUGUCCAUCAGCCAAUACGGUCAUUCAGUCUAAAUUAUGCACUAAAAUGUUUUGUCCAUCAAUGUUAUACACUUGUAUAUAUAUAUUUUUUUUUCAACAAAGAAAUUUCAAUAAAGGUUGUCACCUCA